UGUCUCUGAUCGCGGAUGAAUCUAUAUAACUCUGUGGUACCUUUUGUUAGGGAGGAAAUAGUUCCAGCUAAGGCGGAGUUGUGUCGUGUUUUCUUGUUUAGGAGCAGAUAAUCGUUUCUUUUUCGAAAUGCCGAAUAUAAAACUGCAAAGCUCUGAUGGCGAAGUUUUUGAGGUUGACGUUGAAAUAGCGAAGUGUUCAGUAACAAUUAAAACCAUGUUGGAAGAUCUUGGAAUGGAUGAAGAUGAUGAAGAAGUUGUUCCUCUGCCAAAUGUGAACUCUGCAAUCUUGAAAAAAGUGAUUCAGUGGGCUACUUACCAUAAGGAUGACCCUCCUCCACCAGAAGAUGAUGAAAAUAAGGAAAAGAGAACAGAUGAUAUCAGUUCAUGGGAUGCAGAUUUCUUGAAAGUUGAUCAAGGAACACUGUUUGAAUUGAUACUGGCAGCAAAUUAUCUCGACAUAAAGGGUCUGCUUGAUGUCACAUGCAAGACUGUUGCUAACAUGAUAAAAGGCAAAACUCCGGAGGAGAUACGCAAAACCUUCAACAUAAAGAAUGAUUUUACUGCUAGCGAAGAAGAACAAGUCCGCAAAGAAAAUGAGUGGUGUGAGGAGAAGUAAAAAGAUUGCUCAAGUCACUUAAAAUUUUAUUUGAAUUUAUGUAUACACAAUUGUAAUCUCCAUCUUCUCCCUUCUGUUAAUUGUACCUAAUCAUAUGCUUCUGAUUGUCCAACCACAUAAACUUCGUGCAUACAUUUAUUGUUAAUGACAUAGUGUAUCUUAACACAGAUGUGCUGCCAAGUCAUCAUAUAAAGCUGAUUAGAAAAGGCUUUGGCAGUUGUACAUUUAAGUACACUUACGCAAAUCCAGGGUUUUUUCCUCUUUAUUUUGGUUAUUGCAAAAUAAAAGUUCCUUUAAGUGUAUGACCUCAGUAUUUAUUGUCAGUUGUAAAAUGUAUGUGAAGUAGAUUAGAGAGAAAUCUGUUAUAGACUGCAUUUUAAUAAAACCUUGCAUAAAACCAACUCUGCAUUUUCUUUGGUACUUGGUGUGAGCAAAUUUUAUUUUAAAUGUAAUAACCAGGACAGUGCAUCUGGAGUUACUUGCCACAGUUUAAUUUAAACUAAAAAGUAUAGUUGAAUAGUUGAUCUUAGAAAGUUUGUGUAGACUAAGCUUGUCACAGUUUAAUGAUCUGUUUUAAUCAGGUUGCUCUCUCGAAAAGAAAUUCCAACAUCUUUAAACUUAAGUGAGAAUAUUACUAAGGGUUGUGUAAUAGAAGCACAUUAAAGGCAAGUUUGUGUAUUUAGCUCUAAGGAAAUCUUCAGUUUACUUGCUAAAUGUUUGUCGUAGUGAAGGGAGGUUAUAUUGUGGAUAUAAAACUUCUAUGUGGUGUAUUCUGUGUGUUUUGUUUACUAUUUAUUAAUGUAUACUAUUGACAUAUUGAAAUAAACCAUUGUGGUGAGAGAAUGUAAGUUAAA